CAUGGCUCCUUCGUCCCGGCCCAGCAGGUCCGACCAUCACGACGAUGCUCGGGAGUUCUCCAGCGAGGCUGCACAGACGGACUGGGAGUUCCCUAAAUUUCGUACAGAACUGCGCAACGACCGUCUUCGGCGCCCCAGAAUCGCAAAUUUGGUAUACGGCGAAGACGGUUGUGCAUCUAGGACUGAGUACUCUGACCCGGGCGCGCUGUGGCAAGCGUUAGCUGAAAGGCCAGACCAACGUUCAUCUGAAGUGCGACUGGCGAUCUGUGAGGAUGUCUCUCCGGAUCUUCUUGCAAUGCUGGGAAACUCCUACAAUGUUGACCCGGAAUUCUUCCAAGCCCACAUGGAUGCGAGCGUGUCACGGUUUUCGAAACUCUUCCCCAAUCCACCAUUGCCAGUCUCGGAGAAUCUCGAAUCGUCUGCCCAUCUUACGCUGCACUAUCCUCGGGCACGCUACUUUGCAACGCCGGCAGAUUUCGCGGAAGCAAAGCGAGAAAUGGAACAGUUCACGAUAAUGAGGCCAAUGUUGGGGGACAAAGUUUGGCAACCCACAGACUGGCUGAGUACAGAGUCUCAAGUAUCGAUCAUUCUCGCGAAGACUUCAUUAUGGGUCGACAAGCUGGACAAUGGAGCUAUGACAGGGAUCCUCCUCCUGGACCCUGCUCUCGAAUCGGGUUCUGAACUGCGGGCGGAUUAUCAGCCGUUCACCAGCUCGUCUGGGAAAUUGCACCGGGUGAACAUCGAGACGUCGAAAGAGAGAGCUCAGAAAGGCUCACUUUUCGACAAAAUUGUGGACGCCUGCUCUAGCUUCGGCGCGGAGGACCUUUCGCGUAUCCACAGGGACCCCAGAUGCAUCGCCAUGCCAAUGUAUCAUCAAGUGAUCGCCGAUUGGUUCCAGGUCUUAAAUUGGUUGAUGGGAGUAUUAAGUGCUCUCGAGUGGCAAUUCGAGAAACCCUCGUGGGGUGAAAAGCCAGAGGAUCUCAACAACAUACUGAGACAGCUUUUGCCAUGGCGCCGGACCGCAACCGAUUGUCUCUCGAUGAUCGACGACAAUAUUGCCAAUCUCUUCCCAAGCACGACCUCAAAAUCGCACCAGAAGCAGUCUGACAUAUUCGAGCUGUGGACCGAUUUCAGGACUCUGCGACAACAGGCCAAUGAGGUCAAUGCUCGGAUCGGAAGUAUCGAAAGUGUUAUAUUCAACACUAUUGCGCUUCAAGAAAGUCGAACGUCCCUAAGGCAGGCCAGACAAGUUCAGUGGCUCACCUACCUUGCCUUUCUUUUCAUCCCAGCCAGCUUCGCGGCAAGCUUCUUCGGUAUGAGUAUAGGCGAGCCUGAGAACUCCAAGGUCUUUACUUCCAUCAUAAUCGCAACCUCCAUACCAUUGGCACUUUCUGGCUUGGUAGCCUACAUUUGGCAUUUACGGGAGCGCUCAUAAGGCUUUUGCUCGUCUUCGAUUCUGUAGGACGAGGCGAGAGGUCAGACGACGAAGGGCUCAAGGUUCUUUCUGGGAAUGCAGAGCUGCGAAACUACAUCCAAACGUGGCAGCUAUUCUCAAGGCAUCGUGGCCUCGUAUCAGGUCAAAGGCACAAGCUUUGUGGC